GCGGCGGAAGUGUCGGGGGUUGGCGAGGCGGCGCGGAUCGGUGCCCGUGAGGGGAGCUCCUUGGCCGGCACCGGCAGGCGCCUGAGAGCCUCCUCCUCCGAUGGUUGGCUGCGGCGGAGGCGGCGGAGUCAGGCGGGCCCAGCAGCAGGCGAGGCUCUCCCGUCAGGCCCAGGAUGGCGGCGUCCGGGGGAGCCGGGCAAGAGAAGCAGCUGGCGCCGGCCCUGCUCAGCUUCUUCAUCUACAACCCGAGGCUGGGCCCCAAAGAAGGCGAGGAAGAAAAGAAGAUUCUUUUUUAUUACCCCAAUGAAGUUGAAAAGAAUGAAAAAAUUAGAAGUGUUGGUUUAUGUGAAGCCAUAGUUCAGUUCACAAGGACCUUUAGUCCUUCAAAACCGGCAAAAUCCCUACACACCCAGAAAAAUAGACAGUUCUUCAAUGAACCUGAAGAAAAUUUCUGGAUGGUUAUGGUUGUACGAAAUCCCAUAGUAGAAAAACACAAAGAUGGUAAACCGGUUGUUGAGUAUCAAGAAGAAGAGUUACUGGACAAAGUGUAUAGCUCAGUGUUACAGCAGUGUUAUAACAUGUACAAGCUUUUUAAUGGAACAUUCCGAAAAGCCAUGGAAGAUGGAGGUGUAAGAGUUCUAAAAGACAGACUAGAGAAAUUCUUCCAUCGGUACUUGCAAACACUUCAUUUACAGUCAUGUGACCUGCUGGAUGUUUUUUGUGGGAUCAGCUUCUUCCCAUUGGAUAAAAUGACUUACUUGAAAAUCCAGUCGUUCAUCAAUAAGAUGGAAGAAAGUCUGAGCAUAGUCAAAUAUACUGCCUUUCUCUACAAUGAUCAACUCAUCUGGAGUGGAUUGGAACAAGAGGACAUGAGAAUUUUAUACAAAUAUCUCACCACAUCCCUGUUUCCAAGGCAUAUAGAACCAGAGUUGGCAGGGAGAGAUUCCCCAAUACAUACAGAAAUGUCCGGAAAUCUACAGCACUAUGGAAGGUUUCUCACUGGACCUUUGAACCUGAAUGAUCCAGAAGCGAAAUGUAGAUUCCCCAAAAUAUUUGUAAACACAGAGGAUACUUAUGAAGAGCUUCAUUUAAUUGUUUAUAAGGCUAUGAGUGCAGCUGUCUGCUUUAUGAUUGACGCCUCUACACAGCCUACGUUGGAUUUUUGCCGUAAACUUGACAGCAUUGUCGGGCCUCAGCUCACAGUAUUGGCUUCAGAUAUAUGCGAACAAUACAACAUCAACAAAAGGAUAUCAGGGUCGGAGAAGGAACCUCAAUUUAAAUUUAUCUAUUUCAAUCACAUGAACCUAGCAGAGAAAAGUACAAUUCACUUGAGGAGAACACCCAAUAUCUCGCUCACGUCGGUUCAUCCUGACUUGAUGAAGAUUCUUGGUGAUAUCAACAGUGACUUCACUAGGGUUGAUGAUGAUGAGGAAAUCAUAGUGAAAGCAAUGAGUGACUACUGGAUUGUUGGCAAGAAAUCUGAUCAGCGGGAGCUGUAUGUCAUUUUGAAUCAGAAAAAUGCAAACCUGAUUGAAGUGAAUGAAGAAGUAAAGAAACUUUGUGCAACACAGUUCAACAAUAUAUUCUUCUUGGAUUGAUCAGCCGGGGGCUAACUCUUUUGAAGAUGGCUUAAAAUAUCCUGAAGAAUUUUGGUUUACUGUGACAGGUUAUUAGUCAUAUUACUAACUGAAAUAAUGACAGUAGUAGAGCAAUACUUGCUUUGUAAGAAUCAAAUUUCUACUAAAACUCUACAUUCUGAUCAUAUGGUUUUUAGAUUUUAAAGUAUUUAUGUGCAAAUGAAUUAAAAUUAGUCUGAAUUAAACAUGUGUCAUUCCAUUUCUCAGAUAAUGUUAUGUGAAUAUUUUACUGGAAAAAUAAAAUUAGUCAUUGUUACAAUUUUAA